UUUAAUAAGAUAUUAGUAUACGUAUAUAUAUACACAUCUAGAUACUUCCAUUUCCAUACUUUCUUCUUCAUCAAGGAUCCUAAACUUUUUCCUCAUAAAAACCCUAAUUGUCAAAAGAGAGAAUAUGAAGACCAAGAACGUGAAACUCUUACUCUUCUUCUUAUCCAUCUCCGUCCUCCUCAUCGCGGUCGUCAACGCAGCCGAAGGCCAUUCACAUGGGAAACCGCAAUGUGAAUGCUCACACGAUGACGACCAUGACAACAAAGAGGGAGCAAGGAAGUACAAGAUCGCGGCAAUACCUUCGGUUCUAAUUGCCGGCGUAAUCGGAGUUCUUUUCCCAUUGUUAGGCAAAGUCUUCCCUCCUUUGCGUCCAGAAACACCUUUCUUCUUCGUCACGAAAGCUUUUGCCGCCGGAGUUAUCCUCGCAACCGGAUUUAUGCACGUCUUGCCUGAGGCUUACACGAUGCUUAACUCGCCGUGUCUAACCUCAGAAGCUUGGGAAUUCCCAUUCACCGGGUUUAUUGCGAUGGUCGCUGCGAUCUUGACGCUAUCCGUCGAUACAUUUGCCACUUCAAGUUUCUAUAAAUCUCAUUGUAAAGCGUCCAAGCAGAUCAACGAUGGAGAAUCCGCCGAGCCUUCGGUCGACUCCGCCCAAGUCCAAGUUCUCCGAACUAGAAUUAUUGCACAGGUAUUGGAGUUGGGAAUAUUAGUACACUCAGUGGUAAUAGGAAUAUCACUCGGAGCUUCACAGAGCCCAGAGGCUGCAAAAGCUCUCUUUAUUGCAUUAAUGUUUCAUCAGUGCUUCGAAGGUCUUGGCCUUGGUGGUUGUAUUGCUCAGGGAAAAUUCAAGUGUUUGUCAGUAACAUUGAUGUCAACGUUCUUCGCAAUAACGACACCAAUAGGUAUCGUUGUGGGAAUGGGAAUAGCAAAUUCGUACGAUGAGUCUUCACCAACUGCUCUGAUCGUUCAAGGAGUAUUGAACGCUGCAUCCGCAGGUAUUCUUAUCUACAUGUCUCUGGUCGACCUUCUCGCAGCAGAUUUCAUGCCCCCUAAGAUGCAAUCCAAUACUGGGCUUCAAAUCAUGGCCCAUAUUGCUCUCCUUAUUGGUGCUGGCCUCAUGUCUCUAUUGGCCAAAUGGGCUUGAUUAUUCAUAUAAUUCAAUCUCUUUCCAGUUUUUGAUUAUGGCCUUUUUAUGGCGAUUGUGAAUUCGAAUUAUUUGUUCUUUUUCUACUCCUUCAAUUAUAUUUUUGAGAUCUCUCUUUUCUGAAACCACCCGCAUGUAUUGAUCAUGUUCUAACAUUACUUCAAUUAUGUAUAAUUUGAUCCAUGUCCCAGAAAAGUAACGAGCCUUGA